AUGUCAUCUCCGGAAGGAGAGACUGAUCCUACUUAUUCGACUCCCGCAUCAAAUCAUGCAGGAACAGCAAGCGCCAAUGAACCAGAAGGUAGAUUGAUAGGCCUGGGGCUGGAAGAACCCCUACCCACGCAGGAGGUUAUUGAUGAGCUGACCACGAUAUACUUCGAGAAGAUACAUCUGCGGCUUCCCAUGAUACAUCGCCCAAGGUAUCUGGCAGCUUCGAGCCUUGCUCCUGCCUCACGACCCCCUAUAUGCUUACAGUACAUAAUGUGGUGUCAUGCGGCGUCUGUCACCAACAAGUACGCCAGUCUUCACAGUAUUUUUUACCAGCGGGCUCGUAAGUACGCUGAACUAGACGAGUUGGAAGGUCUUGGCGAGCGUGCGUUGUCUACCGCACAUUGUCAAACCUGGGUGCUCAUCGGCACAUACGAAUUCAAAAUGAUGUUUCUUCCUCGAGCGUGGCUAAGUGUCGGGAAGGCUGUCAGACUAGCGACUAUGCUAGGUCUAAAUGGUAUAGACGAAGAGGGUCUCAACGUCAAACAGACAUUGCCGCCUCCCAAAGACUGGUCUGAGAGAGAAGAGCGAAGGAGGGUAUUUUGGAUGGCGUUUUGUCUUGAUAGAUACGCAAGCGUCGGUACUGGAUGGCCUGUCUCGUUUGAUGAGAGAGAUAUUUUCACGAACCUUCCUGCAUCAGAGGAAUCAUUUAUCGGCAACGAACCGCAACAAACCGGUCGACUCGCAGACGUACUGGUAACCGGGAAUAUUGCUACGAUGUCAACAUUUGCAGGAAUCGUGAUAUUAGCUUGCAUGUUCGGAAAGAAUGUAGCACAUCUGCAUCGACCUGAUCCCCAAGACAAUGAUCAUGAUCUCAAUGGCAGGUACUGGCAGCGGCACCGUGCCUUUGAUAAUCUUCUACUUCAUUUUGCCCUCUCCAUGCCAAGUCAUCUGCGACUGACAGUCUUAACGACCGAUCCAAACAUCAUAUUCUGCAACAUGGCUGUCCACACAGCAACGAUUUGUCUACAUCAAGGGGCGAUAUUCAAAGCUGAAAAGAAUAGAAUGCCGGAACAGAUUGCCACUGAGAGCAAGCGACGAUGUAUAUUAGCUGCCGAUCAAAUCUCCAACAUAAUGAAGAUGAUCAGUCAUCUGGAUCUAAGUGUUGUCAGUUAUAGCAUAACUUCUAUUCGACUUCAUUGUGCUAACACAAAGCAGAUGGAUCCAUUUAUGGCUUUUUGUAUAUACGUGGCUGCGCGCGUUUUCAUCCAAUACCUGAAGUUUCGCCCCAAUGACUCCGCUGCACGUUCAUCUCUCCAAUUUGCCUUUUCUGCACUCGAUGUCUUGAAACAAAAGAAUCCACUGGCUGAAUCAUUUAUGAUCCAACUUGAAUUUGACAUCGGUGGGACUGCCUUUGGAGAUGUUCGGACUCCGAAAAGGAUGUGCUUCGCGUCCCAUAUACCACAUACUAUGAAUGCAAACCAACCAAGAGUUCAGGCCGAUAAUUUAAUCCCAGAUCACCAUCAAAGCACUCCUGGACCCACACCCACUGCACAUGCAUAUCAACAGACUACCACUGAGAUGCCACCAGGCCGACCAAGCACAACGAUUCAAAACGGCACCAAUACAUCCAAUCACGCAGCACCGACCAGAAAGGGCAAUCCUAUAUCAAAUCUGGAUACGCACAUGCCUCCUACAUCCAACGACAAUGCCAACACCAAUCAGUCAACCAAUACCAUACCUUCACAGCUAGCUUCCACUCUGAACAACCUCAACAUGGGACCAACGACAUACCCCUCCUCAGCACAAGCCCCUAUUCAGCCAGAUGUGUUCUACCCCAAUGUCUUUGCUCCGUUCCAAUACGAAGCCGACACCUCCUUUCCCAAUCAGCCAACUCAGCUUGAUCCGACGAGAUCCGAAAACCCCCUCACUACUGAUUCUGCGUGGACUACCUCAGAGAACCCUAUACCUGACCUCAGCGAUGAAAAUCUAGUCAAUAAUCCGCCUAAUGGCCCCGAAGCUCUCAGCGACGCUCAGUGGGCAUUACUCGCUUCGGGGGCCUGGAAGUCGUGGCAAGGGUUGAAUUUUAUGUCUUGA